GGAUAUCGAUGAAAAUUUUGACAAAAGUCCGUCUUCCAUCAUGUGAGUUCGGUCGGUGAGUAUUUGCUAGAUAGAAAGAUGUCAAAUUAUUAAAUUUACUCUAAAUAUAAGCAUUUCGAACAAUGAAAUGUCAUCGUAAAGUUUAACGCAUACAUUUAAUUAACUCAUGUAUAAUUUCGACUGGAGAAAUUCGAUAGAAAUGUUUCGGCAUUGAGGCGUCCUGUGUGUCGGUUCGAAACCCAAGAAAUAUUUAUUCAUGUCGGUUUGAUACCGUAUAUUGUUUUAUAAAAGUGUAAACAAGAAUCCAAAGAAAGAUACAGUUAUCAGAAGUCGUCUAUAUAGGUGAUGAAGUUUCUGUUAGCCAUCAGUACACACAUUAAUUCCUGAACCAUCAUCGUCAAUGAUAACAAAAUGUGCUGCUGUCCAGAGGGAGCAACAUGUAUGUUAGUAUUUUCCAUUUGUGCUGCCGUCUUGGGAAUGUUCCAAUUUGGAUACAACACAGGUGUUGUUAAUGCUCCUGAAAAUGUGAUAAAGGAAUUCAUUGCUGAUAUAUACAAAACUCGUACGGGACAUGCCAUUGCAGAUAACUUCAAAGAUUUUUUAUGGGCAAUAACUGUUUCUGUAUUUGCAAUUGGUGGCAUGAUUGGUGGAAUUAGUGGAGGAUCAAUAGCAGAUAAAUUUGGAAGGAAAGGAGGACUUUUAUUAAACAAUAUAACUGGUAUUGUAGGAGCUGGUUUCAUGGGAUUCAGUAAAAUUUCUCGAAGUGUUGAAUUGCUCAUUAUCGGACGCCUUAUUAUUGGAUUUAAUUGUGGUAUGGGAGCAACAUGUAUGUUAGUAUUUUCCAUUUGUGCUGCCGUCUUGGGAAUGUUCCAAUUUGGAUACAACACAGGUGUUGUUAAUGCUCCUGAAAAUUUUAAAAUCUUAAUUUGUAUUUUAGGUACAGUGAACCAACUAGGGGUUACGAUAGGACUCCUCCUUUCACAAGUGCUGGGCAUAGAGCUCAUUCUUGGUACAGAUAAAGGAUGGCCAUUUUUAUUUAGUAUAGCAGUAAUUCCUUCUGCAUUGCAACUUGUGCUCUUGCCCUUAUGCCCCGAAAGUCCUCGAUAUUUGCUCAUUUCAAGACAACAAGAAGCAUUAGCCAGAGAAGCUUUAGUAAGACUACGGUGCUCAAAUCACGUGGAAGAUGAUCUCGAAGAAAUGAAAGCUGAAGAAAGAGCACAGCAACAAGAAGCACAAAUAAGUAUGUGGCAGCUAAUUUGCAGUAAAUCUCUUCAAUUACCCCUUAUUAUAGGAGUUGUGAUGCAGUUAUCUCAACAGCUUUCAGGAAUUAAUGCGGUUUUUUACUAUUCAACAGGUUUAUUCAAAGCCGCGGGCCUCUCUCAGCUUUCGGCUAUGUAUGCGACAAUUGGAGUUGGUGCAGUCAUGGUCAUAAUGACGCUGGUCUCCAUUCCUUUCAUGGAUCGAGCAGGGCGCCGCACUCUUCAUCUCUACGGAUUGGGUGGAAUGUUUAUUUUUAGCAUAUUUAUCACAAUAUCACUUCUUGUUAAGUUCCUAUACCACUGGGUUACAUACUUAAGUGUUAUCAGUACUCUUGCUUUUGUAGUCUUCUUUGCUAUUGGUCCAGGAUCAAUUCCUUGGAUGAUAACAGCCGAGUUGUUCUCUCAAGGUCCCAGACCUGCGGCAAUGAGCAUAGCAGUGUUAGUUAACUGGUUUGCAAAUUUUACAGUGGGUCUCGUUUUCCCACAAAUGCAGCGAUGGCUGGAAAAUUACACAUUCCUUCCAUUUACAUUUUUUCUUGCCAUAUUUUGGACAUUUGCAUACAAGAAAGUUCCAGAAACGAAAAAUAAAACAUUUGAAGAAAUAUCUGCAUUGUUUAGGAGGGACGGAAUCAUUAAUAUAAACGGACUAUCAAUACCAAAGAAGUCAUUGCAAGGAGAAUUGGUGUUUGAAGAGAAACCAGUAGAAACAUAUGGCACAUUUCAAGCAGGAGGGUGGCACUAUUACAUGGAGAGACACGCUCUGUGAGACGCUCCGUUCUUUUGCGACGGCAUCGACGGGACUGCUCUCUGCGGUGCACACCCUACCUUUAUUUGAAGUUUUAAGUGAUCUAUUAAUACCGUAGGUUGGGAAAUUAGGAAUUGUAUUUUCUGUUUAUCUAUUUCCCUAUAUUGUAUUUGUCAAAUGGCUGCUUGAUAUAGGGAUUGCCAAUGGUUGAAGUUAUGUUUAUUAAGUGAAGAAGAUGUGAGCUACAACCUAUGUCUCUUUCAAACAAGGCUACCUCCAUCAUUACCAUCAUUGUCACUAUGGGCAAUACCGCAGUGGAAAAAAAUUGGUGGAAUUUAUACCAAACCACAUCGAGGAGCAGCUAUGACAAAGAUCUCCUGGGAACUGUCUACCAGUUCCACUCUACAGAUUGACAGGUGAUUAGGAACAAGACAACAGUCAAAAUAUAAUUUUUUGUAUGAUAUCGUUAUAUGUUACUUGCAUGUCUUUUUAACAAAUUGCACGUUUGUGUCUGCCUGCAUAUCUUUCUUUCUUUAUGUAGUGUGGAAACGGAACCACUCCAUGUCAACCGUGCCCAGUUUGUUUCCCUUGUAAGUGUACUCAUUUUUUUGAUUAUGGGACCAACAGUAUCAUUUUACUUAUAUUAUGUUACACCUUCGGUUUUUUUAUGGUGAUAAUCAUGUUUCAGAUUACUCUUUUUAUCGGGAAAAAUAUCCAUCCUACGGAAACACACAAAACACACACACACUCACUUCACUCACAUACAUAUCUACGAUUACUUGUGACAAACUUGUAUGCAAAUUUUACAUCUUUGAAUUAAUACUUUUCUAUUAAAGCACCGAAACAAAAGGAAAAAAUCAGAAAUUAUCAUGUAAUUAUUGAACAUAUCGUGAUAACAGUUGAACUUCCCGAAGUUUAUUGUUAAUGUAUGUCAAUGGUAUUUGUAGUUAAAAGAUAAAUUGAUUUUUUACUUUAAUUAUUAUACAUACAUAUAUAUAUUAUAUAUAUUUAAAAAAAAACAAAAAAACAGCCAGAAUUUCUUGAAAUUAUGCAGUUUACCAAGACAAAACUUUUUCCUCCAUCCAAUUAUAUUAUCAUUAUCAAAACUAAUCUUGUUAAAAUUUAGUGUAUGAUAUAAAGUGCCUUUUUUAUUAUUAUAAUGCUCUCUACAUAUUGAGCUGUCCUCCGGAUAAGUAACAACACGCAACUGCAGACAUUCAUAAAAAAAAGAAAAACUUCCGCAGCAUAAAUGUUCAAUGGCUGAUUUACGAAUUGUAGUCUUUUCGUUUUAACAUGAUCUUUAUUUGUUUUCUGUAUUAUGCCUAACCAAAGACAGUGACAAGUCAAGAUGCCGCCAAUGCCGUUUCACUUCAAUUAAUCAAUAAAAGUGCCUCGACGUUUGAAGCAUUUAAACACACUACGUAAAUUUAAACUUGAGUUAAAAAGCAAUAUUGGACAUAGGGCUUCCAGCUGCUUUAUUCGAUAAUUUAAACAACAUUUCGUCCGGAGGGCUCACUAGUUGACAAGCUGCUUAAAUGCACGAUCUGUAGUAGUCAAGUUAUCGAUUCUCUAAACAUAUCAGAUACGUCUAGUUUUUUCACAGUUAUUUUAGAAAACAAUAGUGAUUCUGGCCAUAUUUUGCAGUCCAGCGCAAUCAAACAUGCGAGUUAAUGCCCGCAGACUAAAAUUUCAUAAUUUAAUGUUAAUCAGAUCACUUUGUUAUAUAUAUUUAUCUGUAAU